AUGUCUACUGGCACCUUAUUUGUACAGGACUCACGCACUGGAGCCAAAUACGAGAUUCCAAUUCGUCGAAAUGCUAUACGAGCCAUCGAUCUACAAAGCAUCCGAGCGCCUGCGAAUGAAGCCGACCGUGCCGACCAGGUAUCCCGAGGCCUGCGAGUCUACGACCCAGGCCUUCAGAAUACCGCAGUGGUUGAAUCUGCCAUUAGCUUCUCGGACCAUGAGCGUGGCGCUCUGAUAUUUCGGGGCUAUACCUUGAAACAGCUCUGGGCUAAGGACUUUGAGGAUAUGUUCCAUCUGUUACUUUGGGGAAGCCUACCUACGAGUAACCAGAGGAAACAGUUGAGUGAAACGCUGGCUCGAUAUAUGGAAGAUGUUCCUCCAAUAGUGCACAAAGCUAUCCAAAUCCUUCCAAGGACAACUUCUUCUCUUCCACUUCUACUUGCAGGGCUAACUGCAUACCUCGCAUCGAUGCCGGAUGUUGUGCUUACAUAUCAUGAUGAUCUAGAACGAGCUGAUCAAAUGAUAUUACAAACUGUCGCCUGCUACGCUGUGGUAUUUUCCGCUGCUCGUUGCCAUCGAUUAGGUAUUCCUUGGCAACGCCCGUCUAUCAAUCGAACCUAUUACGAGAACUUGUUCAUAAUGGCAGGGCUGGUUGAGUCCGACACUAGAUCCGACCCCAUCAAAGUACACAGUUUCCGUCGCUUUUCUAUGCUCAAUUCCGACCACGGCAUGGCCCUAGUUGUCUUUUCGACUUUAGUAACGGCAUCAUCGUUGACUGGACCUAUACCGUGCCUCAUAUCGGCUAUCACUGCUGCUUAUGGCCCACUGCACUUUGGUGCAACCGAGUCUGCUCAAAAUGCGCUCCAUGAGAUUGGCGAUCCUGCAAAUGUUCCGGCGUUCCUGGAACAGGUCAAGGCUGGGAAACGAAAAUUAUUCGGAUAUGGACACCGCGAAUACAAGGGGGUUGAUCCUCGUGUAGAACCAAUCAGGGAUAUAUUGAAAGAUCUCGACCCGGACUCUAAUCCUCUGUUCAAAAUUGCCGAGGCCAUUGAAUCUGCCGCUACAACGGAUGAAUACUUUGUGUCUCGUCGCUUGUUCCCGAACGCUGAUUUUUACGGGAACUUUGUUUUUACUAGCAUUGGAUUUGAGCCCGAGAUGAUUCCAGCAGCCAUGCUCGCUCAUCGAAUCAUGGGGAUCAUGGCACAUUGGCGAGAGUAUAUAGGUAUGGACUUGCGAGGGACCCGAUAUUCGGUGGAUUUCUAUACUGACAAAUUCAGUGACACGCGGAAAGCUUUUUCGACCGACGCAUAUCUAUACGGGAAGUAUAAUGAGUUCAACAAAUCCCGCCGCCAAAAUAUGAUGGUGAAGUAG